GACUGCGGGUCCGCACGCUCUGAACGCCCGACUGUAGAGCUACUGCGCGCCUGCCAGUGUGCGUCAGUGGAGCGAGAGGAGCGCAUGUCCGACUCCGAGUUCUUUUACUUCGGAUGACAGGAGAUGCUGGGUCUUCCAGUGAGCACUCGCUUCACAGUUGAGCAUUUUAGACGCUACGUUUGUUUGUUUGUGUAUGUGUGGUUUUUUUCCUUUUUAAUUUGUCACGGAUUUCUUUAAUGACGUGGAUAUUUGGCGCGUUCACCCCCGCCUCUCCCAAGUGCUUUGCAAGAGAAAGUGGCAUCCGCAAGACUUGAGGAGGGAAUGUAAGAGGGAAAAGAAGUGCUGGAAUUAAAACAGAUCUUGGACUUUGCUGAUGUGGCGAGACAUUCCUGCAGCAGGAGACCAAAAUAGGACUUGAGCUGUUGCUUAAUUUGCAGAUAUUUGAGGACUUCAUUCGAAUUUAAGUAGAAUAUACUGUAUGCGGGAAUCAAGAACGGACUUUUGAGCACCAUCGCUUGGGCGAUUUUUUUAAACACGCACAUAUCUCUCUCUAUAUAUAGAGAGAUAGAUAGAUAGAUAGAUGUAUUUAUUUUUAUUUUGAGGGACUUGCCUCUCACUGGAUUUUUCCUUCAUUUUGGAUCAAUGAUUCACUUUGCUCCUGUGAGACAAUUCUCCUCGGAAAGGACAUGUACAACAGCACUUGGAUGAAGACGUGCACGGUUAAAUCACUGCAGCCUGCCCGGACACCAUAGCUCCGCCGUCACCCUUCGCAGCUUUACGCUGCAGGGAGGACUACUCCGAUAGAUGUCAAAUGUGCACGCACCCAAAAACAUUUGUCUCUACACAUUAUUUUAUACCUGACAUGAUUUUGGAGGUGAGUGAGUAAUCAAGCAUUUUCAUUAAGGUGAAGUCAACAGGUCCGGAAAGAAAUGGAAUUAAUCCAUGUAAUUGCGCUGCUGCUCUUGUUUUGGGUCGGCGCCGAGGCUGUCAUUAACCUCAAAUAUGGAAUAAAUGAGGAGAUGAAGCCCGGCUCUGUGAUCGGGAACGUGACAAAGGACGCACUCAAACAAGGAUUCCAAAUCGCGCCGCAGCCGCCCUACUUGCGCGUCAUCUCCAAUUCGGAGCCGCGCUGGGUGGAACUCAGCCCGGCCGGGAUUCUUACCACGCAAAUGAAGAUCGACCGAGAUGUAGUGUGCCGCCAGAACCCCAAGUGCAUUAUUUCUCUCGAAGUGAUGUCCAACUCGAUGGAGAUUUGCGUCAUCAAAGUCGAAAUUGAGGAUUUGAACGACAACGCGCCCAAGUUCCCAACGAGCCACAUUGACAUUGAGAUCUCGGAAAACGCGUCCCCCGGGACCAGGUUUCCCCUGGAGGGGGCAAGCGAUCCAGACUCGGGCGUCUUCGGAGUGCAGUCCUACUCAAUCACCCCUAACGAGCUUUUCGGACUGGAGAUUAAAACGCGAGGGGACGGCUCCAAAAUUGCGGAGCUCGUCGUGCAAAAAUCAUUAGACCGAGAGACCCAGUCCCACUACGGUUAUGAGAUCAGCGCGGAGGACGGAGGAGACCCGCCAAAAAUAGGCGCGGUUCAGUUAAACAUCAAAGUCAUUGAUUCCAAUGACAACAACCCUGUUUUUGACGAGCCUGUGUACACUGUUAAUGUCAUGGAGAACUCGCCGACCAACGCACUAGUCAUAGAUUUAAACGCAACAGAUCCCGAUGAGGGCACCAACGGAGAGGUAGUGUACUCCUUCAACAGCUACGUCACCGAGAAAACGAGGGAUGCGUUCAAAAUUGAUCCCCGGACCGGCAUCAUCACCGUCAGUGGCAUUCUGGAUUAUGAGACCGCUCAGAUAUACGAGAUUGACGUGCAGGCCAAAGAUUUGGGUCCCAACUCCAUACCGGCACACUGCAAAGUCACCGUCAAUUUGCUGGACACCAACGACAACCCGCCUGUCAUCAGCCUGCUCUCCCUCAACACAGAGAUGGUGGAGGUGAGUGAGAAUGCGCAGCGCGGGUACGUUAUCGCCCUGGUGCGUGUCUCCGACAAGGACGCAGGGGCCAACGGCAAGGUUCAGUGCCGGCUCCAGGGCAACGUCCCCUUCCGGCUGCAGGAGUACGAGAGCUUCUCCACCAUCCUGGUGGACGGUCGGCUGGACCGCGAGCAGAAGGACACGUAUAACCUGACCAUCCAGGCCGAGGACAGUGGCGUCCCUCCCCUGCGUGCCACCAAGUCGCUGGUGGUCAAAGUGGCGGAUGAGAACGACAACCCGCCGCAUUUCCUCAAGCCGCACUACCAAGAGAUGGUGAUGGAGAAUAACCUGCCCGGCUCCUGCCUGCUGGCGGUUUCCGCAGAAGACCCUGACCUGGGCAUGAACGGAACCGUGUCCUACUCGAUAGUCCCUGGUGAGAUUAAGCACAUGGACGUUAACACGUACGUGAGCAUAAACCCCUCGGGCCGCAUUUACUCCAUGAGGUCCUUUGACCAUGAGUACACAAGGACAUUUGACUUUAAAGUUCUCGCCCGAGACAAUGGCAAUCCGUCUUUGUCGAGCAACGCCACCGUGCGAAUCGUGGUGCUGGACGUCAACGACAACACGCCCGUCAUGACCAACCCACCUUUGGUGAACGGUACCGCCGAGGUGUCAAUCCCCAGGAACGCCGGCGCUGGGUACAUGGUGACCCAGGUCAAGGCGGAUGACUACGAUGAAGGCGAGAACGGCCGGCUCACCUACACCAUCUCAGAGGGCGACCGGGCCUUCUUCGAGAUCGACCAAGUGAACGGAGAGGUGCACUCCACCCGCAUGUUCAGUGAGAACGCCAAAUCCACCUAUGAGAUCACAGUGGUGGCCCGGGAUCACGGCAAGCCCUCGCUGUCUGCCUCGGCCUACAUCGUGAUUUAUCUGUCGCCGGACUUGAACACGCAGGAAUCCAUCGGACCCGUCAACCUGUCCCUCAUCUUCAUCAUCGCCCUGGGCUCCAUCGCUGCCAUCCUCUUUGUCACCAUGAUCUUUGUGGCGGUUAAGUGCAAGAGGGACAACAAGGAAAUCCGGACCUACAACUGCAGUUUCUUCUACUUGCGUAGGGUGGCUGAGUACUCCUAUGGCAACCAGAAGAAGUCGAGCAAGAAGAAGAAGCUGAACAAGAACGACAUCCGCCUGGUGCCUCGCAAUGUCGAGGAGACGGACAAGAUGAACGUGGUGAGUUGCUCGUCACUCACCUCCUCGCUCAACUACUUCGACUACCACCAGCAGAGCCUGCCACUGGGCUGCAGGCGCUCCGAGAGCACCUUCCUCAACGUGGAGAACCAGAACUCGCGCAAUGCCGCACCCAACCACGGCUAUCAGCACCCGUUCACCGGGCAGGCCCACCAGCAGCCAGACCUCAUCAUCAACGGCAUGCCACUGCCUGAGACGGAGAAUUAUUCAAUUGACUCCAGUUACGUGAACAGCAGAGCCCACCUCAUUAAAAGUACAUCGACGUUCAAAGAUCUGGAGGGGAACAGUCUGAAGGACAGCGGCCAUGAGGAGAGCGACCAGACUGACAGUGAACACGACGUCCAACGAGGACACUAUGUUGACACGGCUGUCAAUGACAUGCUCAACAUGACCGUGCCUCCCAAUGUUUGCCAGCUUCCUGAGCAAGCUGGAGAGCCUGCUGAAGGCUUCCACUGCCAAGACGAGUGUCGCAUCCUUGGACACUCCGACCGCUGUUGGAUGCCUCGCGUCCCCCUGCCUGCACGCGUCAAAUCGCCCGAGCAUUCCCGCAACGUCAUCGCUUUGUCAAUCGAGGCCACCACAGUGGAUGUACCCCACUAUGAGGACGGCACCACUAAGAGGACUUUUGCCACCUUCGGCAAGGAUGGGCCAGAGGACGUGGAGCGGUCCGACGUAAAGGGGAAGCGGACUCACGAGUCUCAGGUGUGCAGCCCCAAGGCCAACGGCGGUGCUGUACGCGAAGCUGGCAACGGGCGAGAGGCGGCCAGUCCCAUCACGUCCCCUGCUCACCUGAAAAGCCCUAUGUCCAAGCCCUCGUCCGCCUACAACACACUGAAAUGCCGCGACGCAGAGCGCAUUGCCAACCACAGUCUGCUCCGGCAACCGGAGGGCAAAGACAGUGAGCCCUCCGUGCGGGAGUUCAAUACGCUUCUGCACGACGGCCGUGACAAAGAGUCCCCCAGCAGCAAGCGCUUGAAGGACAUUGUGCUUUAACGAGCUUCUCCGCCACACGCAAACAGCUCAUGCAGCGUGAAACUCACAUACCAGAUAUACAUAUACAGUCUAUCCUGCAAUAGCUGCGCGUACACACAAACAGAGUCCAGCCGUGGGACUUGAACAAGCACACCCAUUUGCAGUAAGCAAUAUUCAAGAGUGUGCUGCAGCUAAUCGUGUGCUCAUGCCAAGGUAGUGGAUGUGGCUUUGUUGUAGUCGCGGUCUUUUCUCCUUGUUCGCUUUUUUAUUUUUCUGUUUUGUUUUUCCUAUAAGCAGCAAGAGGACAGGCGGGUUACUGUUGACUGCACAGACAUGGCUAAGCGGAGCACUCCAGCUCUCAUGCCAAAGCGAGACACAUUGGACACCCGACACCCGAGGUGCUGACACCAGAGUACAGUUCUGCCUUUUCGAUGACUUUUUGUAUCACCAUUCGAUAUUUGCCUUCUCUGGUUUUCGCAGUUUGUUUCAAGCUGCCAAAAUCUGCUCUUUGUUCCUUUGUACAGUGAGCUCUAUUCGUGUAAUAAACAAGAUACACAGGAUAUAUCUCAAAAUGUAUUCGGGUGAGAUGUAAAAUGCUGAUCUAUCCGACUCGUUUGCACCAAUCCCCGACUACUGCGAGGAUCUUUCGCUGGAUCUACGAGCGGCACCAGACUGUGAGCUCUUUACACUCUUUAUAGUCUGUCACAGAUGGAGUUAAGUGAACUGUGGCUGUCUGCCUGAGCAUCUCCGGGGAAAAAAAAAAAAAAAAAACUGGAAUUGGAGCAGACAGCCAUUCGUUCACACACGGUUGUAUGACGUCGCAUAUGCGACACCCAACCUUGAUUGUAGCCAGCGGAGCACAAGUUAGGAUCCUGUGCUCCGUGGAGUCUUGUACCUUUUUUUCUGACUUUUGACUAUGGGGCUAGGAUAGAAGGGAUCGUCACUCUUGUCUUGCUCUGUGGAACUCUGUAUAGAGUUUACUAUUAUCAUUUUUCUUAACCUGUUGUUAUGUGACAAUCCCUUUAAUGUUUUGUUUCAAAAGAUUAAAAAAAAAUACAAAUACACAUAAACAUUGGUGUUCAACUGAAGUUACAGUAGCGUUUGUAACACAAACAUAAAAAUGAAAAAAAAAUCACAUGCCAAAAUAUAUUUUAUAGAUAAUUUAAAAAUGUAUAAUGAGAAUAUUUAAUGCUGUGUAGUAAUUCUAUGAGUAAGUUAUACUUGAACUUAACUUGCUUUUGUUUUUUUGUCUUUUGCUUUUUAUAUCGAAACAGUUUUUUGUUUGUUUUUAAUUUUCAAAAUGAACUUGGAUUAUUAUUUUUCUUUGACUGUGUUUCUCCUGGCAACUGUUAACUUGCGGUCUACCUUGUUGUAAAGAGUUUCUUAUUGGUCAGUUCUUGUGCCAUCAAGUUUCAGUGUGGACAACUAAAAAAAAUGUAAACAAAAAAAAAUAAAUAAAAGAAAAAAAAGAAAAAGAAAAUAAUUACCUAAAAGAUUUCAACACCAACAUUUGUGUGUCCGUCCAAUGAGCAUUAGAGUGAGAUAGAAAAAGAAACCAAGAAAAUAAAAAAUCACAAUGCGAACUAAAGAUGUGUAAUUUCAAAGGCAAGCUGAUAAUCGGGGUUCCACCUGGCAUUAUACUGGCCCAAAAAUGUUUCAGCUACACAAAUCUUUCACUGAGAGUUUGGGCUCACCCAGCACCUUUGUCACACAUCUAUUGAUCUGACACUAGGUUUUGAUCACAAUCGUAUAAGACAGGACCCCGAGCCCCUACAAGCAGCAAGCAGACAAAGAUCUGAGGCACAUCAGCAAUGUUGUUUUAUGUUGCUUUGCAGUAAACUAUGUACAAUGUGGAUCAUGUGAAUGAAAGUGGACAGACUGCAUACAAAAAAAAAAAUCUAGAUCUUGUAACUGAAUGUUUUGCUGGUCUCACCCUUGGCUUCUGGCAAAAUGAACAUCAGAAUAAUCACUGAAUGUAUACAGCAGCUUAUAAUUAAACUAUUAAAUGUG